AUGCUUCUAUGGAGGUCUACAAGCUUCAAGCUUUUUGCUCUGGUUGAAUCUGCUCCAUUUGCCUAUGAAGAGUUCUUGACUCAGGAAUUUCUGCUAACAUUAACAGAGCUGAAUGAAUUCAUGAAUGGAUGUAGAUAUGCUACACAUUCUAAUGGCUCCGAUAGCGUCUGGUCAGCACAGCCCCGGACUGACGCCUCUCGGCUUGUCGGCGACUCAUCUGCUCUUCAGCAAUGCGAAGUCACCAAUCCUCAUUCGAUUCAGGUUUGGAGGGAUCUACACGUAAGCUAUAAAUGUAUACUUACACUUAUUAGACAUAUUAUGACCAAAAGUCGGAAUCCGCCGCCAAGCAUUGUGUUUGUUUCAUCAAUUAUAAAAAACGAAUACACAUUUUUACUUGGUAAUUUUUUACUGCUAAUUAAUUCAGCCAAUAUAAAUUCCUUUAUGUAG